AUGCUUCAAUCAGGUGUCUUACUAUUUACUGUGGAAUGCUUGUUUGAAUCAGCACCACAUUUCGGUUUACCAAAGCAAAUAUUUGAAGUUACUCAAGCUGACAAUCCUCGACAUUUACAAUUGAUCGCACCGUCCAUUUUAUGGAUGAAGGAAAAUUUAAUCAAUAUUGCCGUUGAUCAUUUACCUGAACAUAUUCAGUACGUUGCCUGGAUCGAUAGUGAUAUUGAAUUUGAUCGUCUCGAUUGGGCACAAUUACUAAUUGAAGAACUGCAGCAUUAUCCAAUUGUACAACUCUUUCGAUUGGCUCUAUUUCUUGGUCCCAAUGGAAAGAGUGAAAUUUUACGUCGGGAUUAUUCAUUUGCUUAUUCAAUAAAACACAACAAGCCGAUUGAUCCUCAACGUUACAAAGAAUGGUAUCCUCAUCCAGGAUAUGCCUGGGCAAUGCGUCGUGAUGCAUUCGAGUACAUGGGUGGAUUGUGCGAAUUUUCUAUUCUUGGUUCGGGUGACUUGCACUUUGCUUUUGCACUAUUGAAUCGUAUCGAAGAAACUUUUCCGACGAGAUUAAACGAGAAUUAUCAACGUUUAGCUUUGAACUGGGGUGAACGUGUAGCAGAGAUAGCCCAAGGAGGUCAUAAUGUUGGCUAUUUACCCGUCAACAUUUGGCACUUUUGGCAUGGAAGUAGAAGCAAUAGAGGUUAUAUCGAAAGAUGGUAA